CCCCAUCCCAUGGACCUGCUAUCGAUCGUCGAUAACUGAUAAUAAAUGUUCUCGUCUACAGUGUCGAAGUAUAUACCCAGAAUUUUGAAAGGUGGGCAUAUUCAUAUUCAUUGAACCCAAGACACGCAGAAGACUAAGGCAGAGUUCCCCGCACAUCGUCACCAGCUACCUUAAAAGGGUCGAGAGGCACAUGAAGAAUUGGGCUCAAAUGGACUAUUGGGACCGUUUGCUCAAGAGGAACGUAAUGGCAAAAUCCAUCGCUGAGCAUCACAGAAAUAUCGAAGAAUUGUGGAAGACGUUCCAGGUAUGUAAUCUCGAAUGUAUUGUGGCGGUUCUGGAUUGUUGAAACCUCGCCCCCACCCUUUUCGCUUCAUUGCAGACGGCACUUCAGAUGCAGGGUCUUGCCGCAACCAUCGAGGUUCAUGGCUAUUUAAAUCUCUUGAGACAGGAAUUUGUAAGGGCCCAAAAAGCCGACAAGGAAGAGUACCGGGAGUCACUCAACAACGCAACAUUAACCGUGGCGACCGUGCAUCCUCGGCCAGAAGUCCCGUUCGAGCACCUCAACGACACCGACAGAGCGCGUGCCGACUUAGUACAGCAACUCAAAUUGCAAAACUCGUCCAACGCUCAGCUAUCUGAAUCUGAAUCUGAUCCUGAAUCUGAUCCUGAUAUUAAAGAGGCUCGUGCAAGAUUGAUUCGCGCACUUGAGGAAUACAAAGGCGAACACCCCCCUACGGGAAUAGACCCAUCGGAACUAACUGUUCCUGUCGAUGUGUACAAAGGCACCCAUGCAACCAUUUGCAAAGCAGUCAGAGCGGGAAAUGAACUUGCCAUCAAAAAAGUCAACAUGAUGGGCAGUGACAUGGUUGAGCAGAUCUACAAACGCAUCAACAGAGAGAGUAAAAUAUGGCAAAAACUCAAUCACCCUAAUGUCGUCACUUUCUUGGGCUGUAGUGGACCUAAAAACGACCUUCCCUUCAUGAUUAGUGAGUGGAUGCCGAACGGAAACGCUAGGUUAUACGCUCGUAAACACCGGGAAUGGAUGGAAAAUGGAACAGGACAAGAUGCUGAUUGUGUAAAAAUAGUGCGUGAUUUAUGCAUAGGCCUCAUUCAUCUACAUCUGAUGUGUGAUCUCACUUCUAAAGUGGUAUGUCCUGUUCCCGAGUUCUCGGGCGGAAGUGACUCUAUUCCUGAUGUCCGCCACAGCCUUGAUGUUGCUGAGGGAUUGGUUUAUCUCCACUCUCAAGGUGUUACCCACGGGGGGCUAAAAGCCAGUAACAUCCUCAUUGAUGCAGACCACAAAGCUCGUAUCACAGAUUUCGCCUUGGCAUCAAUCGCAGCCCAACUUCAGACAGGUAGCAGACCGCCUUCUAUGAGAUGGUCCGCACCCGAGGUGUUGGAAGGCGAACUCGGGGAACCGGGCGCAGAUAUCUAUUCAUUCGCAUGCACCAUCCUGGAGAUAAUAACGGAUGCUGACCCGUUUCAUCAUCAUACACAUCUGUACCGUCUCCAUCGCCUCGUCCGUGAGGGUCUCCGACCUGAUUUCCCGGAAUCCCCAGCGUCACGGGAUAGGGGCUUGCAAAAUCACUUGAGCCCACUUUGGAUUCUAAUGCAAGCGUGCUGGGCGCCAAGAGUGAAGGCAAGACCAGAGGCUGGAGAAGUGCGGAACAGAAUGGCGGACAUCUGGAUAUCAAGAGGUGGGCAGCCAUACCGGACGAAAAUACUUGAAUGAAGAGCACGCAAGCCGCCUGCUGGUCUGCAAGAAGUUGUGCGUUAAGUCUUUGUGAUUGUGGUGAUUGGUUCCCGUACAACACUCUGAUGAUGAAUGGCGUCAAAAUUCAAAACACAGUGCUAAGCGACGAGCGUUUAAUGAGCAAGAGAACGUCCAUGACUUGCCCACAAUCGCCACGUACGACGACAGCUUCUCCCCCGGAAGGUGGGAGAUCAGAAGGCGCAAAGCACACUGCUCUACAACCCAAAUCCAUGUAUCCUCGCAGGCUUCCCAAAAAUACCCAAAAUCCUGAACAUUAUAUCUGUCGGUC